GAAUGCAAACGAGGUACAUGGAGAGAACCAAUAGUAUGAGUAGAGGGAAGAGGAGUCUUGAGGGUAAUGAAGAAGAGCAAGCUGAGCGUAAACGCCCAGCUCUUGCUAGUGUGAUUGUAGAAGCUCUCAAGGUUGACAGUCUACAGAAGCUCUGCUCUUCUUUGGAACCAAUCCUUCGUAGAGUUGUAAGUGAGGAAGUAGAACGUGCUCUUGCAAAAUUGGGUCCUCCUAGGCUCAAUAAUGGACGGGCUUCUCCAAAGCGAAUUGAAGGUCCUGAUGGACGUAACCUGCAGCUGCUCUUUAGGUCACGGUUGUCUCUUCCCCUCUUUACAGGAGGAAAAGUUGAGGGGGAGCAGGGUGCAGCGAUUCAUAUUGUUCUUGUUGAUGCGAGCACGGGUCAGGUUGUAACAUCUGGUCCUGAAGCCUCUAUAAAGCUUGAUGUUGUUGUGCUUGAAGGGGAUUUUAACAAGGAAGAUGAUGAAGGAUGGACUCAAGAGGAGUUUGAAAGCCAUGCGGUAAAAGAGCGUGAAGGAAAGAGGCCGCUCUUAACUGGGGAUUUGCAAGUGACUCUCAAGGAAGGGGUAGGGACGCUUGGGGAGCUCACUUUUACUGAUAAUUCAAGCUGGAUAAGGAGCAGGCAGUUCAGACUUGGUCUGAAAGUUGCUUCUGGAUACUGUGACGGCAUUCGCAUUUGUGAGGCUAAAACUGAAGCUUUUACUGUCAAAGAUCACAGGGGGGAAUUGUACAAGAAACACUAUCCACCUGCAUUAAAGGAUGAAGUAUGGAGACUGGAGAAGAUUGGCAAGGAUGGAGCAUUUCACAAGAGGUUAAAUAAAGCGGAAAUAUACACUGUCGAGGACUUUCUGCGGCAUCUUGUGAGAGAUUCUCAAAAACUACGGGGUAUUCUUGGAGGUGGUAUGUCAAAUAAGAUGUGGGAUGCUCUUGUAGAACAUGCAAAGACUUGUAUCCUGAGCGGGAUGCUUUAUGUUUACUACCCUGAAAAUGCAAGAAAUGUUGGUGUUAUUUUCAACAAUAUUUAUGAACUGAAUGGCCUAAUUUCAGGGGAGCAGUAUUAUUCUGCUGAUUCUCUUUCUGACAGCCAGAAGGUCUAUGUGGAUACACUGGUGAAGAAAGCAUAUGAGAAUUGGGAUCAAGUUGUAGAGUAUGAUGGCAAGUCAUUUUUGAACUUCAAGCAUACCAAGAGGUCAAAUGCAUCUCAUAAUGAAGUUCAGAUAGGUCAAAUAGAUUUCCCUAAUACUUUCGACCAUCAGAUGCAACUACCGCAGCUGCCAGCUAUUGUUCCUAACGAGCACCCGGCAUUUAGUACUGGCCAACCAGUGGGAGGUUAUACUGACCCUAUGGCUGCAAGAUACUCAACCCAGCCUCAGACUGUGAAUUCAAAUACCCGCAAUCAGUUUGAUAGCAGUUUGUAUGUGCCUAAUGAACAAUUGAUCAAUGAUUCACACCAAAUACAGAGCACUAUAUAUGAUAGUAACAAUGUCAUUGGGCUGGCUCUUGGUCCUCCCCACUCAUCCAACUCAGGAUUCCAAGCUGCUGGCGCUUCCGUCCAGCAACCCAAUGUUAAUCCUUUUGAUGAUUGGUCACAAAACCGAGACAAGGGAGUUGAUGACUACUUUACAGAGGAAGAGAUUCGCAUCCGAAGCCAUGAGAUGCUUGAGAAUGAAGAUAUGCAACACUUGCUCCGGUUCUUCAGCAUGGGAGGCCACACUUCUGUUAACAUGCCAGAAGAUGGCUAUGCACUUCCAUCUUAUAUGCCUUCUCCAAUGCCAAAUUUUGAUGAGGAUCGGACACGUCCCGGCAAAGCUGUUGUGGGGUGGCUGAAGAUCAAGGCAGCGAUGAGGUGGGGGUUCUUUAUCAGGAAGAAAGCAGCUGAGAAGCGGGCACAGAUUAUCGAGUUAGAAGAUGAAUAGUGGUUAAGGUUUUGUCACCAAGCCUAUCAUUCAAGUAGGUCCCAGCAAUUUACUAGAUCUCUCCAACUGACAGUAACAAAGCGAGGUUCUUAAACUGCCAAGAAGUUGUGGUUUUGACAUCUCAAGGACCUCAAGUGUUCAUGGUUUCUUAUUGGACAUGUAGACGACCUCUGGCUUCUAGGCUCUUAUUCGACAUUGUUGAUUCGCUUGUACAGUCACUUGUACAGUAAGUUGUUCAUAUAUUGCUUAGUAAUAUGUUUUUUUUCAGUACCUUACUAUUGGUUUGUGUAUGAUUAUGACACAUGGCUUCAAGAUCAUGAUCAUGAGGGUGACCUGCUUUUUGGUUGAUGACCUCUUUGGUUCUUGUUGACUAAUGGGGAGACAUUUCAAGUAUUUAAGGCACUACUCUGUUGUUUAAUUAAA